AAUCCUGGUGUGUCCUCAUCAUUUACCCUUAAAAUCAUAUUGUUUAUGGAUGACUAUUUAUGGAUAUCAGGAAAGUAAUGAUAGAUGUCGACUCGAAAUAUCCCAGUGAACUCAAAAUAAAAGACACUACAGAGAAGAAAAUACCUGAAGGCAUUUAUGCUUAAGAUGAAGAACUUGCUGGCAGUCAACGAACAACACUGUAAUCCGAAUAACACGACCAACAGAGAAAAGCUGUAGUAAAACGUCCUCAACUAAAAACAGAAAUACACACUUCUUCGAUAAAAUGGAAGAACAGUCAUGUUUAGUUUGUGGUCUGGACUUUGAGCUCUUCGAACGGAAGCCCCAUUUUCUGCUUUGUUGUGCAAAAAGUAUAUGUAGCCAAUGCUUGUUAAAAAUUCUUGAAAAUGAAGAAAUUAACCAAAGGUGUCCAAACUGUAGAGCGGAUAUGCCAAAAGCACUGGAUGAUUUCAUUUUGAAUGAAGGCAUCAUUGAGAUAUUGAAAUUUGAACAAUUUGGAGAAGUGAACUGUGAACAGUGUAAAGAAGGCAAUGAUCAGAUAGCAGUGAAAAUGUGCAAGGAGUGCGGACUGAUAUGUAGAAAAUGUUUAAGUUGUCACGAUCGCAUGAAAAUCUUCAGCAGUCACGAAUUAAGCCCUAUACCACUGAAUAAUUGGUCAAACAAUCUAUCUAUGGCAUUUAGAGCUCCUUUGUUUUGUGAAAAGCACAAACAGAAACCUGAAUCUUUUUGUAGGCUUUGCGGGGUAGCAGUCUGCCCAGAAUGUCUUGAAAUUUCUCACAUGGAUUGUGGAAACAUGAUUUUUCCAAUAGAUCAUGAAUUCAAAACUGUACUACAGUCACUGAAGGAUGAUUUGCAUAAGAUCGAUUUCUCUAAAAUAAAAUCCUGUCAAAAAUUAAAGGAAACACAAGAAUGUCAGCUAAUGGAUACAGACAGGGAAAUAGAGGCCUUAAAAGAACAGUGUCUGAAUACAUUGGAAAAAAAUUUUGAUGCAGUGAGAACAGGAUUCCGGGGCAAAAAACAGAGAUUUGAAAAAAGUAGUAGUGAUAUCAUGAAACAAUUAGAAAAGUUGAAAAAUUACCACACAGAUCUGUUUAAUUUCCUAGAAAGGGCAUCAUCACUGCAAAACAAAGUUGGAUUUUUGCAGUUGGGGAAAAAAGUUAGAGAUGGUACUGAGCGUCUGAGAAAAAAAUUGAAGGAGGUAGAUACUGUAGAAGAAAUUGACUACCUAAGCUUGACCAAAGACAUUUUCAGAGAAUUACAAUUAGCAGUAGGUGAGGACUCGUCAGUAGAUUUUGCGUUAGACGUUGCUGAGAACGACAAUACUUAUCCUUCAAUUUUAAACAUUUUGAGGCAAUAUCGUCGCUCAAAAAGAGGGAAGGAAGAAGGCUUACAAACAAUGGAAGUGUUUUCUGGACAUCCUGUUUACCGUGUGAAGUUUAAACCAGAUAAUUUUCCAAGGUUCGAAUAUCAUUUUGAACUGGUCCAAAAACUAAUUGACCAUGAAGAAUCAGUGGACAGUGAAGUUAUGACACCAGAUCUAUCUGAGGCUCUGCGUGCUACAAUUCUGGUCGCUGGAAGGGUUACAACAGACAACUUAAAACUUCUAAAGCCACUGACUGCUGAUGAAAAUGAAUUCCCAUCGUCCCAGGGACUGGGCCAUGCAAUACUGAUUUAUUUUAUUGGUUUCCAAGGAGCAGAAAACAGAAGCCGAAGUUUAGCAGAGGAAAAAAUUAUCAAGAGCUCUAAAUGGUGUGUGUUUGUAACAUCGGAGUCCGAAUCACACGAAGAUUACUCAAGGCUUAAGGAAGACGGCCGUUUCUCGGUUGUAUUCCACGAGGCAGAUGCAAUAUUGGAUAAUCUGACUUCAGCGUUAGAGCUUUCUCUUAUAGACUAUCUUAAAGAAGAAAAGAAAUUUCCUCAUCGAAAACUGAAUUCACUUUUUCUAGCAGACAGUGACGCCAUCAUUACACGUAUGCAAAAAUGCUCUUCGUUUCCUGGGAUAAAGGCUGGACAGAAGUCGAGAGAAAUUCCAAGGGAAAUUAAUAUCAUCUUGGAAAGGUUUAAAAAACAUAUUGUCAAAUAUGGCUUCCAUUUCGAAGAUUUUCGAGUGAUUGUGGAUGACAGUUACGAAUCUGAUAUAAAAAAUGCAUUUGAAACAGUGACUUCAACAGAUUUUUGUAAAAUUGUUGUAAUAUCUAAACAAAAUUUAAAAGAGCAAGUCAUACCGUUUGCCAGAUAUCAAGCUCAGGGAACGAAGCUGUAUCAGUCACUUUUGGAGGACAAUUAUGGGACUCUCGGCUGUCUAGCAAUACUGAACCAGGAGCGCGUGGUUGCAUUAUCAUGCAGACAUGUAUGCAUAGAGAACAGUACGGUUUAUAUAGAACAUGAAUCAAAUGAGCGAAUACCUGUAGGAAGAUGCCUUCAAAAUCGAAAGGGAGAAAUCCAAACAAUUCAAAGCGAUUUAGCAAUUGUUGGAGUUAAUAAAGAGGUAGAGAACGCCUUCUCUAGUAAGGGACUCCUAAAUCACAAGGGAAAACCAACAAAGGCUGAAGUAUCUCCUGAGGAAGACAGUUUGAAGUUCAUUGACGACAUUGUUCAUAAGUUAGGUGCAUCCUCACAAUGGACACAGGGUAGAAUUGUUUCCUCAGAAAUCAUCGGGAAUGUAGACGGUAUUAUUGCAGUUAAGGGGAUGAAUGAUGAAGAAUUCGGUGAACCGGGAGACUCUGGUUCCAUAGUGUUUCGAGAAUCGUUUAAUACGAGGGAUAGAAAGCUUGAAGUCAUAGCUGUGCUUACCGCUGGUAGAUAUGAGGCUAGAUCUGACUCCGACGAAGAAAAGCAAGAAGAAAAGCAAAAUAAACACGAUUCCAAGUUAAAUCUGGUUGUAUGCUCGGUUUUUAAAAAUGCUUUUGACAUUUUAAAGAAAAACGACCCGUCUUUGGAAUCCAUUUCAUUUUUCAACGAUUGAUAUGUUUCAUGAUUUUGUAGAUUUUGCAUAAGUAAUACAUGUAAAACUUUUUAUUUCAAAAUAAUGAUGCCUCUGAAGAGAAUAGAGUAGCAAAGUUUAGGCUUUCAUACUAUUUAGAAUAAAAUUUAGAGAACUAUUCUCUGUAGUAGAAGCCUAAGGUUAUUGCUGAAUUCAAACUG